AUGUCGUACCUUUGUACUACCCUUCCAGCCAUCGAGUCUAACAAACGUCGCGGCUGGAACAGAGGCGUAGUUCUCGAUGAAAGGAGAGCGCUAGCAGAAGAGAAGAGGCGAAAGUCGAUGCGCAAUCAAGCCCUCUCAACAAUCUAUUCUCCGCCGGCAAGAAAUGUAGAUCAAGCAAGUCCACCGACUACAUACGCCUCUCUGCCGUCAGGUCUCACAAUCCCAAAAUACAUUGCACCAAAAGGCUAUUUGAAGACUGACCCGUUGUCGGUGAAACCAGACAACACGGUCGGUCCCUCUCGAGCGGGCAAAUUCAAGCCCGUGACAGUCAUCGAGGAUACUCCGUGUCAACAAAAGUCGGACUGCAAGAAGAAGCAUGGAAAGGACGCACAAUGCAAGAAGUGUGACCAGCAACAGGGCACAAGCGGCUCGGAAUCGAAAUCAACACCAAAACGAGCUCGAAGCUGGUUUUUUUGGUGGAGGAAGUCACCACCUACGGAGAAUACAGAGGAACCCAAGGAGGGAUGGAGAUGCUUUUGA